AUGCAGGUUUCAGUGCAAGAGAAUGACAUAAUAAUACAGCACAUUUCCCUCCCCGCCUUGGAUGUGCUUCAGGAGCAGCCCAGCUCCCCUCAGAAGGAGGGAGUGAAAGCUCGGUCCAAAUCCACAGAGGAGAUGCAGCCUGCCAAGAAGGUAACUAUACCAGCCAAGGUCCACCUAGGCCAAGAUACCACCAUGCCUGCCCUGGGCAAAUGUGCAAGAACCAGAUCCAUCCUUAUUUCCUUUCUCAAGGUCCCCUUGAUGUUUGCCUUUUUAUACCUGUUUGUGUGCUCCCUUGAUGUGCUGAGCUCCGCUUUCCAGCUGGCAGGAGGUAAAGUAGCUGGAGAUAUUUUCAAGGACAAUGCUAUCCUCUCCAACCCAGUGGCAGGGCUUGUGGUAGGAGUCCUUGUUACUGUCCUUGUGCAGAGUUCCAGCACCUCCACAUCCAUCAUCGUGAGCAUGGUUUCUUCAGGGUUGUUGGAGGUAGGUUCAGCCAUCCCCAUCAUCAUGGGCUCCAAUAUAGGGACCUCAGUCACCAACACCAUUGUGGCUCUCAUGCAAGCUGGCGACAGAAGUGAAUUUAAGAGGGCCUUUGCAGGGGCCACGGUGCAUGACUGCUUCAACUGGUUGUCAGUGCUGAUUCUGCUGCCUCUGGAAGUGGCCAGCGGCUAUCUGCACUACAUCACCAAAGUUUCCGUGGCAACCCUCAACCUGCGCAGUGGACAGGAUGCACCAGAACUCCUGAAAGUAAUCACGGAACCCUUCACUGGCCUUAUUGUCCAGCUGGAUAAGUCAGUGAUCACAGGGAUUGCCACAGGCAAUGAAAGCUUGCAUAACAGAAGUCUGAUUCGGGUGUGGUGUGAAGCACCAGCUCCACAGAUUUCUUCAGCAGGCACAAGAGGAAGAUCCCUAAACUUCAGCUCCCUUAUGUCAAACAGUCUGGAAAGUGCUGGGAACUUCAGCAGUGCCAUGUCACAGAAAUGCAAUCAUCUGUUUGUGGACUCCACUCUGCCAGACUUGGCUGUAGGACUCAUGCUGCUGGCUGGAUCCCUGACUGUACUAUGCACCUGUCUUAUGAUGUUGGUCAAACUGCUGAACUCUGUGCUCAAAGGCCAGGUGGCCAGAGCUAUCCAGAAGGUCAUUAACACAGAUCUUCCAUCACCUUUUGGAUGGGCCACCGGUUACUUUGCCAUGCUUGUUGGUGCCGGGAUGACGUUUGUUAUGCAAAGUAGCUCUGUCUUCACUUCAGCAAUCACCCCUCUCGUAGGUCUCGGGGUGAUUAGCUUAGAACGUGCGUAUCCACUCACUCUUGGUUCUAACAUUGGAACUACAACCACGGCUAUCCUAGCAGCCCUGGCCAGUCCCGGGGAUAAAUUGGCCAGUGCCUUGCAGAUUUCUCUCUGCCAUUUCUUCUUCAACAUCUCUGGGAUAUUGCUGUGGUAUCCCCUACCUUGUACUCGCCUCCCAAUCCGCAUGGCCGAAGCAUUAGGUGAGCAGACAGCCAAGUAUCGCUGGUUUGCUGUCUUCUACCUGAUUAUCUGCUUCCUCUUGUUGCCUUCGUUGGUUUUCGGACUCUCGGUGGCAGGAUGGCAGGUGCUGGUAGGAGUGGGAGCUCCGUUCCUGAUUCUUCUAGCUUGCGUGGCCGUUGUCAACAUCAUGCAGUCACGAAGCCCUGACCGACUGCCCAGGUGGCUUCAGAGUUGGGACUUCUUGCCAUGCUGGCUUCAUUCUUUGCAGCCAUUGGAUGGGCUGAUGACCAGAGCCACGGCGUGUUGUGCUGCCCAUUGUUCAGGUAGCCAAGAGGAAUGUAAAAAGAAGUCGCCAGAGGUUAAGGUCAGAAGGGGCUUGCCGAAGCCUUCUGUUUUCUUCUUAGAGGAAUGGUCUCCACCACCAAGACUCUCACCCCAGCUGAAUAUCCUGCCAACGCAGCCUGCUAGCCGCCUAUGAUUUGUGCUGGAGCACAGCUCUGUUGUGGCCUACAGACAGUGGUGCUGAGCAGACAAGCAAUAAUAAAAGAAAAAGCAUGACAAGAAACUGCAUCAGUGCAAAUAUUGGAGUUUGUGCUGAUGGCUGCCCUCCCUCACUGGAGCACUGCCAUCUUCACGGGUGCAUUCCAGCCAAUAUAGAUUCAUGUCUCAUUGGGCAGAGCUUUUCAUGGGAAAUACGCCUAUAACUGGCAUUUGGUAAUCACCGUGCAUAUCAUUUUGUUAUGAAAAUCAAUGAAUGAGUGCAAAAUAAUCAGCGUCUGGAUGCAGUGCAGGAGAGUUUAUAGUACUUACAAUGCAGAAAAAAACCCCAACCCCACUCUUGAUUGCC